UCCUUUUUCCGGUGGUGUCCGUCUGUGGAUACCGGAGUCGUAAACAAUUUUAGCUUUUAUCGAAAUAUGGGUUUCGUGAAAGUCGUGAAGAACAAGCAGUACUUCAAGAGGUACCAAGUGAAAUUCAAGAGGCGUCGUGAGGGAAAGACUGACUACUAUGCCCGGAAGCGGCUGACUGUCCAGGACAAGAACAAAUACAAUACACCCAAGUAUAGGCUCAUAGUCCGUCUGUCGAACAAGGAUGUGACUUGCCAGGUUGCAUAUUCUCGCAUUGAGGGAGACCACAUUGUGUGCGCUGCCUACUCACAUGAGCUGCCACGCUAUGGCAUCAAGGUGGGUCUCACAAACUAUGCAGCAGCAUAUUGCACAGGACUGCUGUUGGCUCGACGGUUGCUGCAGAGACUGGGAUUGGAUAAUCUGUACCAAGGCUGCACUGAUGUCAAUGGAGAUGAGUACAAUGUAGAGCCUGUGGACAAUGGCCCAGGUGCAUUCAGAUGUUACCUGGAUGUUGGUCUAGCACGCACCACCACCGGCGCCCGUGUCUUCGGUGCCAUGAAAGGCGCAGUCGAUGGGGGUCUCAAUGUACCACACUCGCUUAAAAGAUUCCCUGGUUAUGAUGCAGAAGCGAAGAAAUUCAAUGCUGAAGUUCACAGGGCACAUAUCUUUGGUCAACAUGUAGCAGAGUACAUGCGCAACCUUGAACAGGAAGAUGAAGAUUCAUUCAAGAGGCAGUUUGGCAAAUACAUCGAAUUAGGUGUAAAUGCUGAUGCUAUCGAAAACAUCUACAAAAAGGCCCAUGAGGCUAUUCGUGCAGAUCCAUCGCACAAGAAGAAAGAGUCUAAGAAGGAUCCAGCAAAGCAAAAGCGCUAUAACAAGCGCAAGCUCACCUUGGCUGAGAGGAAGAACAGGAUCAAGCAGAAGAAGGCGUCUUAUGUCAAAAGGCUCCAAGCUCAGGCUGAAGCUUGAAAUGACUUACAACAAUAAAUACUG